AUGGAAAAUUUUAUGGAAAAUGCUUUAUUUGAAGCUUGUAGAGCUCAAUCUAAUGGUGAAGUACCUGUGGGCUGUGUUUUUGUUUACGAACUAAAUAUAAUAGCUAGGGGCGGAAAUUUGGUGAACGCUACCAAAAAUGCUACAAGGCACGCCGAAUUCGUUUGUAUUGAUCAAGCAUAUGCAUUUUGUGAAAAAAAUAAUUUAGAUUAUAAGGAUUUUUUUGAAAAAGUAAGUGUUAUAGUUACAGUGGAGCCAUGCAUAAUGUGUGCCGCUGCUUUAUAUAACCUAAAUGUUAAGGAAAUUAUAUACGGAUGUAAAAAUGAUAGAUUUGGCGGUACAACUGUUUUGGAUGUAUCAAAAAUUAUGAAAGCAAAUAUUACAACGAAAGGUGGAGUUCGUGCUGACGAAGCAAUGGAAUUGUUAAAAAAUUUCUAUAAAGGUGGAAAUCCAUCGGCACCUUCACCAAAAAGAAAAGUUCAAAGUACUUAGAAUAUAAGAAUUGAUUUUGUUUUUAUAUUUUUAUAGUUUGUAUUUAGUAUAUGUAUAUAUUUUUACAUGAAGAGUAUGAAAUAAAAGUAAUUUUUUUUUCUUAAUUUUUCUAUAAAACUUUCAA